GACUUCUAGCCGGCAGUUUAAAUCCCUUUUUGAUUGCUCAAGAGAGAAAGUUUUCUUACUUUUUUAAGAAAAUUGUUGGAUAGGUCUGGCCAACCCCCAACAAGGACCCCACUUGUCCAGCAGGCUCUUGCACCCUUCAUCAGCCCGUCCUCCCCUCUCAAGCCCAUCCAUGUUAAAUGUUGGACCGGCAAAAUAAUCCUCUUGAAAUAACUACAAUGGACGUGUUUUUAAUGGUUUGUCGAAAGAAGACGACAAUCUUCUUGGACGCCAAAGAAGACACUCAAGUUCUUGAACUAAAAAAAAUGAUUGCAGGAAUUACGAAAGUGAAACCAAGCAAUCAGCGUCUGUUCAAGGAACGAGAGGAGUUAAAGGAUGAGCGAACAUUAGCAGAGUAUGGAUUUACAGCAAAUUCAGCUAAACCACAAAAGCCUGGAUCAAUCGGACUGGCUUUUAGAAACGAAAAUGGCGAUUGGGAAGAUUUGGAAAUAACACCAUUGUCUCUGCCUCCAGAGCUUCCGGAAGUGAUGAGACCACAAGAAACAGCACAGUCAGAACAGCAGACUGCAUAAAAGAUUUGGAGUGGGGCCUUUUAAAACAUCUGAAGAUUUCGUUCUCCUGCUGUAUUUGCAAAACUUUAAAUACCAUUAUAUUAACCACUAUCACAUUUAACUUAACUUGUUGUGUAAGAAGAAGCGCGGCACUACCCUGCUCUGAAUCUAAACUUCUUCAUCCUACUCCUUAGUAUGCACAACAAAAAUAAUUUCAAUAACUCGAGUCUGGUUAUAAUCAUCACCUAAGUUUAUUGUAAGCAAGUUAAUAAUGAUUUAUUAUCCUUUGUUGGAAUCAAGUUCAAAAUUAUUAUUUUUUGAUGUUUCGCAGUUUUCCGUUGUAAGAAAAAUAAUAUCCGCUAUUAAUUGCAACAAUUCUAAUUACUAGUAAUUGUUACGCGAUUAUUACUAUUAUUAUAUAUGUAUGUGGGUUGCCGAUGCCGAUUGGUAGAUAUAAUUUAGUUUGUCUUUCAAUUUGAAUUAAUCGAGUUGCAUCAAGUAUUUUCAAUCGUGUUAAAAAAUAAUAAUUUAUCCUUUAAAAGAAAUUGUAUCGCGACCAUGUAAUAAAAAACCUAAAGAAAUAAAACUACAUUGAUAAUUAUA